UUUCAGGAAUAUGAAGGUGAUCGGAAUGAGGAAAAUGAGAGACAUGGUCAAGGGAAAGCUAUUCUGCCAAAUGGUGACACAUAUGAAGGUGCCUAUGAACAUGGCAAGCGCCAUGGAAUGGGAACAUACAGGUUUAAGAAUGGAGCACGUUAUGUAGGUGAAUAUCUGCAGAACAAGAAACAUGGUCAAGGGACCUUCUAUUAUCCAGAUGGUUCCAAGUAUGAAGGAAGCUGGGCACAUGAUCAGCGACACGGAGAAGGAACUUAUUAUUAUCCAAAUGGUGAUACAUAUACUGGAGAAUGGCUUGCUCAUCAAAGGCAUGGUCAGGGCAUCUACAUGUAUGCACAGGCUGGCUCCAAAUAUGUGGGAACCUGGGUUCAUGGAAAGCAGAUCGAAGCUGGAGAGCUCAUUCACCUGAACCACCGAUACCAGGGCAACUUUCUCAAUAACAAUCCUACAGGUCGAGGGAAAUACAUCUUUGACUUUGGCUGUGAGCAGCAUGGAGAAUACCUUCAGAUAGAACAGGACAAAACCGAUGAAGAGAUCGCAGAGGAAGAAUCCAUAACCAUAACCGUCCUGAAGUGGAAGGCAGAGAAGCUGUCAGGAUUGACGUUGUACUCUCCAACAUUUAAGGCCGAUGUAAAGUCCAAUGCUUCAGAGCCUGAGGAGCAGGUUGCCGAUAAUACAGAGGACACUGACGUUGCUGAGACAGAUGCUCCUGAUACUGAUGCCCCAGAGGCUGAUGCCCCAGAGGCUGAUGCCCCAGAAGCUGAUGCUCCAGAGGCUGCUGCCCCAGAGGCUGCUGCCCCAGAGGCUGCUGCCCCAGAGGCUGCUGCCCCAGAGGCUGAUGCGGCAGAGGCUAAUGUGGCAGAGGCUGAUGCGGCAGAGGCUGAUGCGGCUGAAACAAAUGGUCCUGUGACAGAAGCUCCUGGUUCAGAUGACCCUGUUCUCGAUUCCCUUGGUUUAGCAGAAGGUAAUGAAGGAGCAUCUGACGCUGUAUCUGAGCUGGCUGCAGAUUGAGGAUAUGGUGUGAGGCUAGAAUGCCUGAUUAGUAGUGGGAUGGAGAGCACCACCAGUUACUGAAAACCAUUUGAUUGCCGGCUGAAAAAAAACAAAUGAUACACAUUGGCUUCAAAAUAUCCACCACUCAAAAACAAGAAGCUGUGUCUUGGUCAGCUGACUGCUAAUCCAAAGUGUUUUAAUCAAGGAGAGCAAGUUUCCUUCUUGUUUUGUGGACUGGGCAGCCAAAAUGAACCAUCACGCCAUCUCAGUUUACAAUUUUAAAAAUAAAAUAUUACAUACAAAA